AUGAAUACAUUUAUGGCCGCUACAGAUAAAAUCACUGAGUUAGCAUUUGAAUGGAAAAACUCUUGUGUCAAUGUCGAUGACGCAGAAGAAGAACAUGAAGUUGAACAAGUACAACUACCUCAACAAGAACAAGAAUCAACGGUCGAAACUAGUGAUCAACCGAUACCAACAAUAAUUCUAAAAUCCACUUCGGGUGAUAUAAUUCCCAGUUCAACAACUUUCUGUUUACCAAUUGAGGAAAAAGGUGUAAAGAGACUGUUGAACCGUGUGAUCACACAAACACAAAAUCGUCGUUUAGGAGCCCUUAGCCGUCUGCUGUUAUUGGCAUUGAAAGAAUUGAAAAUGAAGCAUGAAUUGCGUAUAACAAGGAGUGGUAUUUUUGUCACAAAACAUGAACUGAAGACGUUGAAUAUUGAUUCAUAUUCUAUUCGAAAAAUCUACAUAACACCGUGUAAUAUUUUGUACGAAGGACCCUUUCGGGAUGAAGAUUAUCGAAAACUGACGAAUGCCAGUGAUAGUAUGAUUAAUCUCUAUGAAUAUAUCAAAAGUGUUCUAAUUCGUGGAAUAAUUAUAUGUGAUCGACGCUAUGAAUUUUUAGCAUUUUCAAGUAGUCAGUUACGUGAUCAUUCGACGUGGAUGUUUGCAACAAAUGCUCGUUCGAAUCGUACAAAUGCAUUUAUAACUGCAACAGAUAUUCGACGAUGGAUGGGUAAUUUCAGUGAAAGUAGACCAGUGUCAAAAUAUGCAGCAAGAUUAGGUCAAAGUUUUUCCACUACCGUCGAAGGAGUUGAAAUUGAAAAAGGUUCGUUUCACAGAAUAGAAGACGAAAAAUCUCGAAAUGGUGAUUAUUUCACGGAUGGCAUUGGUAUUUCAUCAUUGAGAUUAAAUAAAGAGCUUGCGGUACAGCUCAAAUUAGAUCGCGUACCUUCGGCAUUUCAGAUUCGAUUUGCUGGAAGUAAAGGCAUGAUCUGUCUUGAUGUUGCUAAUAAAAUUCCAGAAAAUAGCGGCAUCGAUCUUUUAAUUCGUCCUAGUAUGGAAAAAUUUAGUUCAUUAAAUCAAUCAAUCGGAAUUGUUCGUUCAUCAGCGUCACCGUCUCCAGCAUUUUUGAAUCGUCAAAUAAUUUUGCUAUUAAGUUCAUUAGGAGUUAGUAACCAUAUAUUCUAUGAAAUACAAGAAAAUAUGCUUAAGAAAAUUAGUAACAUUACAAAAAAUCCAUCUGCUGCACAAGAACUCCUCCGAGAAUUUAUAGAAUCAGGUUCAAACAGUGGUUGUCACUCGUUCAUGAUUGAAUGCUUCAAACGAUUCGGCACAAAAAUUGAUCCAUUCUUAAAACAAAUGGUGAUCUGUUUUCAGGCGUUUCUAUUGAAAGAAUUACGAACAAAAGCUCGAAUUUUUGUCAAAGAUGGAGCUUGUUUAUUAGGGGUGAUCGACGAGACUCGUACUCUAAACUAUGGACAAAUAUUUAUCCAAAUUGAAGCUCAUAAAAAAUCGCAAAGUCGGAUAAUCCAAGGACAAGUUAUUGUCACAAAAAAUCCUUGUUUUCAUCCAGGUGAUAUCCGUUUACUAACUGCUGUUGACGUACCGGCAUUACAUCAAUUAAAAAAUGUGAUUGUUUUCCCUAUGAAGGGUUAUCAACCUCACACAUCUGAAAUUAGUGGUUCGGAUUUGGAUGGUGAUUGCUACUUUGUAUCGUGGGAUAAACAAUUAUUGUUCAGUUCGAAUGAGAGACCGUUGAAUUAUCAUGAUCAAGGUCUUGAAGCACAGCAACAAGCUUUACUUAAUCCAGAAGUUCAAAUAACCAUCAAUGACGUCUGCGAAUUUUUUGGAGAGUACAUAGCAGCCGAUAAUCUUGGUCUUAUAGCCAACAGUCAUUUAUCAUUUGCCGAUCAAUUACCGGAGAGAGCACGAGCGGAAAAAUGUAUUCAAUUAGCGCAUAUGCAUUCAAUUGCCGUUGAUUUUGCUAAGAAUGGUAUUAGAGCGCCAAGAUUAACAAAAGAACUACGACCCGUUACGUAUCCACAUUAUAUGGAGAAAAAUGAUAAACCUCAAUAUAUAUCGACAACAAUUCUCGGUCAGUUGUACGAUCGAGUACAAGAUCAUCAACGUGAUUUGAAUGAAGAAAAUUAUGAACAAUAUAAUAAUUUAAUAAAUACCUUUCCAUAUGAAAAAUUCCAUAUCGAUGGUAAAGACGAUUAUUUAGAAGACGCAUAUAUCAUAAAACAAGAAUAUGAUCGUGAACUAAGACGAAUUAUGAGACAGUAUGGUAUUAAGCGAGAAAGUGAGCUUAUAAGUGGAUACAUUUUAAGAUUAAUGAACAAAAAAUACAAUAAAGAAUCCAAAAUGUUUGAAUUGCGACAAGAGAUUAGUCAUGCCGUUAGAUUUGUACGGGAUAAAUAUAUAAAAUUAUUUUGGAAUGAUUUUUAUAAUCGUGAACAAAUCGAACAAGAAGUUUGCGAAAAUAAAACUGAAAAUUCCCAAGACCUAUUGAAACGAAUUACAUGGAAAAAUCAGCUAGAUUUGGCAAAAAUAAACAAUAUUGUUUCUGACAAUACAAAGGAUGAAAUGGAUGAUGAAAUCUAUAAAAAAGCAUCAGCUUGGUUUUCUGCUACUUAUGACGAGCAAAUGAACUCACGAGAAAAUCGACAAAAGAAAAAACAGAAACCAGAACAUUUUGGCAACGAUAAACGAAGGGAUUUAUCAACUGGUUUAAAAUUAAAAACAUUUAGAUGUGAUUUUUCUAUGACUAAAUUAAGAUAUCUUGGACCUGAAAUUGCACCUGCAGAAGUUAAAUCAGAUCCAAAAACAACGUCAGCUGUUAAUAAUUACUGA